GUGAAUUAAGAAUGUAACAGAACUGAACGUCGUUUUAACCAUGAAAAUCAUAGAAUAGUUCUCUGUUUAUUGUUGAAUCGUGUGUGGUUGAGAAACAAUAAUUUUUCGGUUGAACUCUUAUUUUUUUCCCGACUAUCCAUUCAUUUCAUUUACCAGAAGAAACGAAGACGAAAAAAAAGAAAACUCUGAGUGAAACAAGACAAAAGUUGUGUGUGCGGUUAACGGUAGCGUGUUGUUUGUUUUUCGACGAGAGGAAAAAAAAUUGUUUUUUUAAUUAAUCGGAAUAAUUGGAUACACAAUCCGGAUAUGUAAUUGGAUAAAAAUAGAAUGUAACUGGUUGUUCCGUUAACUUUUCCCGAGGAUUAUUUACCAAAAAUGAAUGUGCAGUGGUUUCUAUGAGAGCCAGAGAGAUUCGUGUUCGCGAGUUGUAUGAAAAGAAAGAAUAUUUUCGUCCCAAAUCAAACAAAAUGUUAAUCAAGAAUCGUUCGUACAGUAUGUGUGUGAAACAGAGAAGAAAAUCAAAUCUUGUGAAUUGAGCAAAAUAUUACGUGAUGGAUUUCGAUUAAUGAUCCAACGAAGAAACAACAACAACAACAAAAAAAAGUCGGAAAAUUUCGCACACAUUUUUUUCCCUUGCUUUGGAAAGAAGAGAAAUUUACUGCCACCGAAUAUAAAGUAAAAUUUCAUCUUCCCUUUUCUCAUCUGCCCAUAUUUUAACACAACCACCAUCGUCAUCAUCUAUACGGUCAUACAUAUAGACGAGCGGAGCAGCAAAAAAAUAUAUACGCAAACCACAGAAAGAAGCGAAAAAAAAGAAGUUUUUAUCCAAACAUGUUGUCGUAUAGGAAAUAUUCGAUCCACAGUAUAACACUGGUGAACCUACUGGUGAUGCUGUUGUGUCAUCAUCGAACGAUUUGUGCCACCACAGCCACCACCAAUAAUAACAAUGCCAACAAUCGUCAACAAGAGGUGAUUAGGAAACUCAGCACCAACAAUAUGGACCAAACAUUGAAAUACGAUGCACCAGAUGAUUGUCGCUUUUUAAUAAACGAAAUUCAUGAUGUCUCACUGGCAUGUAAUUUACGAACCAUUAACAGUGAAUACGAUACAACAAACUUUAGUGUUAUACCAGCUGAGCAUACCAUAACGCUAUCAAUAUGCUGCAAUGAUACGAUAAUGGCAAAAAGUUCGUUAGAACCGAAAAGUUUUGUACAUUUGGUACGGCUGAAGGAUUUGUCGUUAGAAUUUUGUAAAAUCGGAAAGUUGUCCCAGGAUGCCAUUUACGGUUUGAAUGAAUUGCGAAAUUUAACGAUCCGGACACACAAUACCAAUUGGCCGGCAUUAAGUUUGGAUAUUGAGGCCGAUACGUUCAGCAACAACAAGAAUUUGGAACGUUUGGAUCUGAGCUUGAACAAUAUCUGGUCGUUGUCGGAGAAUUUAUUCAACACCCUGACCAGUUUGACCUUCUUCAACAUCAGCUCGAAUCGGCUGCAAGACAUCAACGAUCUGGGAUUCCGAGAGAAAAUUAAAACCGACAACGGAACAGUCGUUACGGUGCUAUCGUCGACAUCGUUGGACUUGGAAUUGUUGGAUGUAUCGCAUAACCAUUUCGUUUUAUUGCCAGCGUAUGGAUUCGGAAUAUUAAAACGGUUGAAGCAUCUAAAAAUUCAUGACAAUGAAAUAACGAUGAUAGACGAUAAUGCGCUGGGUGGCUUGAAGAACCUGCAAAUAAUCGAUUUGAGUUCGAAUAAAAUUGUUGCGUUGCCAUCGAAACUGUUCCGGGAUCCGGCCCAAUCGAUCCAGGAAAUUUAUUUGCGUAACAAUUCGAUUAGCGUCCUGUCGCCGCAUCUAUUUUCGAAUUUGGAUCAAUUGCAGGCACUCGAUCUGGGUGUCAAUAAAAUCUCAUCCGCUUGGAUCGACAAGAACACAUUCUCCGGACUGAUCCGGUUGGUGUUGCUGAAUCUGUCCAACAACAAAAUCACCAAAUUAGAACCGCAAAUAUUUUCGGAUCUUUAUCAAUUGCAAAUCUUGAAUCUGCGACACAAUGAACUGGAGACCAUCGCAGCGGAUACAUUUUCCCCAAUGAAUAAUUUGCAUACAUUACUGCUAUCGUACAAUCGUGUUAAAUACUUGGAUGCAUACUCAUUGAAUGGACUGUUCGUAUUGUCAUUGUUAUCGCUGGACAACAACCAACUAACCGGUGUCCAUCCGGAAGCAUUUCGCAAUUGUAGUUCAUUGCAAGAUUUGAAUUUAAACGGAAACGUACUGACCACGGUACCGUUGGCAUUAAAGGAUAUGAGACUAUUACGUACCGUUGAUUUGGGUGAAAAUCAAAUAACAAACGUAACCGAACAAAGUUUUCGUGGCAUGUCCAAUUUGUACGGUUUGCGGCUCAUUGGCAACCAAUUGGAAAACAUAACGAAGAAUACAUUCAAGGAUUUGCCGAGUUUGCAAAUACUAAAUUUAGCCAGAAAUCGAAUUUAUUAUGUGGAACCGGGGACGUUCGAAACGGCUACGAAUAUUCAGGCGAUUCGGUUGGACGGUAAUUUAAUUACGGAAAUAAAUGGACUUUUUGCACAAAUGCCGAAUCUGUUAUGGCUCAACAUAUCCGAUAAUCGUCUCGAACAUUUCGAUUAUUCAGCAAUACCGCCCGUCCUACAAUGGCUCGAUUUACAUAAAAACGAACUCGUCGAACUCUCCAAUCAAUACGGUCUGGAUAAUCAACUCAAGCUGCAAACGAUUGACGCUAGUUUUAAUCGAUUGCGAAAAAUCGGUCCGACGACCAUACCGAACAGCAUAGAGCUGUUGUUUCUCAACGAUAAUUUGAUAAAAUUAGUUGAGCCGCACACAUUUAUGCACAAAACGAAUUUAACUCGAGUUGAUUUGUAUGCUAAUCAAAUAACCAGUUUGGAUGUGAAGGCAUUACGUUUAUUACCUGUGCCGGAAAAUCGCCCGUUGCCCGACUUUUACAUUGGUGGUAAUCCUUUUGUAUGCGACUGUAAUAUUGAUUGGCUGCAGAAAAUUAAUCAGGUCACAAACAAACAAUACCCCCGUAUCGUCGACUUGGAGACCAUUUAUUGCAAACUGUUAUACAACCGUGAUCGGGCAUUCAUUUCGCUCAUCGAUGCUGAACCCGUACACUUUUUAUGUGCCUACAAAACACAUUGCUUUGCACUAUGCCAUUGUUGUGACUUUGAUGCCUGUGACUGUGAAAUGACGUGUCCCAACAAUUGUACAUGCUUCCACGACCAGUCCUGGUCGACCAAUGUGGUUGAAUGUUCAGCUGCCGGAUAUGGUGAAAUGCCAACGAAUAUACCGAUGGACACAACGGAAUUGUACAUUGAUGGCAACAAUUUGGGUGAACUGAGCGGACACAGUUUUAUCGGCAGGAAAAAUUUACGGAUUUUAUAUGCAAACCACUCAAACAUUCAGAUCAUCUACAACACAACGUUUUAUGGACUGAAGAAAUUGACUUAUUUGCAUUUGGAAAAUAACAAAAUUUUACGAUUCCUUGGACAUGAAUUUGAAUUUCUCGAAAAUCUACGUGAAAUCCACUUGCAAAAUAAUCGAAUUUCAUUCAUCGACAAUCGAACAUUUAUGGGGCUGAGAAAGUUGGAGGUGCUGCGACUGGAUAACAAUAAACUGGCCGUCUUCGAAGUGUGGCAAUUGGCGUUGAAUCCGUAUUUGGUGGAAAUCGGUCUGGCUGGCAAUCCGUGGACAUGCGAGUGUAAUUACUUGAGCCGAUUGCGUAAUUACUUGCAAUCGAAUGCCGACAAAAUCAUCGACUCGAAUCAAAUCUCCUGUUCGUACAACAAUCUAACAAGUAUUCUGAAGGACAAAAUUGGUGCUAAAUGCACGCUCAAGGACGGCAUAUCGACUAUAGUGCACACUCAAGAUAUUGAAAGUUUAUUGCCACUGUUGCUGGUGGCCACUUGUAUCUUUGUUGGAUUUUUCAGUUUAAUAUUGGGACUGUUUUGCUAUCGUCACGAAUUGAAAAAUUGGGCACACACCCAGUGUCUGGCCACAAUAUGCUACAAAUCGAACAAUUUCAUCGACGAAUUUGACAAAGACCGGCUGUACGACGCCUAUAUAUCAUACAGUUUGCAAGACGAACAUUUUGUUAAUCAAAUAUUGGCAAAUACGCUGGAAAAUGAUGUUGGCUAUCGGUUGUGUCUGCACUACAGAGACUUCAAUAUCAAUGCAUACGUAGCUGAUACGAUAAUCGAUGCGGUGGAAAGUUCAAAGCGUGUCGUGCUGGUAUUGUCCCGCAAUUUUUUGUACAACGAAUGGUCUCGCUUUGAAUUCAAAAGUGCCAUCCAUGAAUUUCUGAAACGUCGUCGGAAAUUAAUUUUCAUUUUGUAUGGAGAUUUACCGCAACGUGAUAUUGAUGCCGACAUGAGAUUAUAUCUGCGAACGAACACGUGCAUCGAAUACAACGACAAGAAAUUUUGGCAAAAAUUACGUAUUGCACUGCCGCACAUAAGACGAAAUCAUACAAUUGCCAAACGAUCGGCGAUAAAUAUCUACUCGACGAGUCAACAGUACAACACGGCCAGACGGAUGAAUUGCAAUCGCAAUUUCGAUUGCAAUAAUUACGCGACGAUAAACGAUUGUGUGGGCCGGAAUUGUGAUAAAUUCGGUGAUUCGGUCAGUUGUAAAUUUAGUGUGUCGCACGAACAGCGGCUGCACAAUAACACCAUACCGUUGCCGAUGUCAAAGACAUUGGACCGUCAUCACGAGUAUGCGGUGCCGAUAAAUUGCCUGAAAGGAUCAUUUCAGAACUUCAACAUUAGCUGUGAGAAAAUGAGUGAAACAUUCGAAUGCAAAGAAACGAAAAAGUAUUGCCUGUCCAAUUCGGAUACCAGUGUCGUCCAGUGUACGGAUGAUUGUGAAAAUCAUUGUAGUGGCAGUGAUAGUUUAGGUAGAAUAAAUUUAGGUAGCCAAUGUGGUGGAGGUGUCGGAGGUGGUGUUGGUGGCCGAAGUGGUGGUGGCACUGCAACACUGCAGCCCAGCAGUAAAGUGUACAAUUUCGAUAAUGGACAAUGUAAUUGCAGUAAUUCAGAGUGUGGUGACGACGAAUGCAACGCUAAGUGUGAACUGAAUUACACCAAUCCGAGUACCGAUCGAAUGCCACAAGCGAUGUGGUCGUAACAAUUACUCGAUAACAGGUUAGUUAAUACUUACUGA